AUGACAAGAACCAACUCCAUAACUCUACCACAUUCCCUUCAAAUUGAAUACAUUCUCACCCACUCGUUAGAUCCACUAACAAUGACAGAUACAAUAGAUUCAACCCGAAACUCAAAAGAUAAUAAUUCAAUGAAAGUAUUGAAAACUCCGAAUCCAUUAGAUCAACAAUGUACCAAGGCAAACAUAGAGAUAGACCAAACAAGAAACAAACUGAAACAAUUCUCCAAUAACAAUAAUGAAGACCCACAAUCCACGGCAAACUCAUACAUCCCCUCCGCCUGUUCAUCCACAUCAAAGAAAUCAAUGAUCCCAUCAUCGCCCCUCAAACCAAAGGGUUCAAACUCUCAUUUCCAAUUCGCUACCACUGCAUACGGUGUCAGAUUGUUGAAUAAAGAUAUCUCCAACACAAAGAUAGACCUGGAAGUGGAGAAUCUAAUGAUAGUCACCAAAUUGAAUGACGUGUCCCUAUAUUUUCUAACAAGGGAAGUUGUAGAAUGGAUCCUGGUCAAUUAUCCAUCAAUAACGGUCUACGUCGAUAAGAAAUUGAAAGAUGAUGAGAAAUUUGCUGCCACAGAAAUAUAUAAGGAUAGUAAGUGUAGAGCUGCAAGGAUUAAAUAUUGGGACCCGGAAUUCGUGGAUGACCAUGAUGUGUUUUUCGAUUUGGUAGUCACUUUGGGUGGGGAUGGGACCGUGUUGUUUGUUUCAUCCAUCUUUAAGAGACAUGUGCCACCUAUUAUGUCGUUUUCAUUGGGAUCUUUGGGGUUCUUGACCAAUUUCAAAUUUGAACAGUUUAAAUAUGAUAUGAGGAAUAUAUUGAGUAGGAAGAUUAAGACAAAUUUGAGAAUGAGAUUGGAAUGUAACCUUUAUAGGAGACAUGAACCACAAUAUGAUCCAGAAAAGGGGAAGAAAGUUUGCAUCAUGGAAUUGGUAUCUACUCAUCAUGUACUCAAUGAAGUCACCAUUGAUAGAGGUCCUUGUCCCUUUAUAUCAAUGUUGGAAUUGUUUAGUGAUGAUAGUUUAAUGACGGUCGCCCAAGCUGAUGGAUUAAUUGUAGCAACACCUACGGGAUCCACGGCGUAUUCAUUAAGUGCAGGUGGACCUCUUAUAUAUCCAACAGUCAAUGCCAUCGAAGUGACCCCAAUUUGUCCACAUACACUAAGUUUUAGACCAAUUAUAUUACCAGAGAGUAUGACUUUGAAAGUAAAAGUAUCAUUGAAAUCAAGAGGGACUGCCUGGGCUUCAUUUGAUGGGAAGGAUAGAGUGGAAUUGCAAAAGGGGGAUUUCAUUAAGAUUUCAGCAAGUCCUUAUUCUUUCCCCACGGUCGAAUGUUCGAGUACGGAAUUUAUUGAUAGUAUUAGUAGACAAUUGAAUUGGAAUCAAAGGGAACAACAAAAAUCUUUCACUCAUAUGUUAUCACAAAAGAAUCAAGAAAAAUAUGCCACUGAAUCGAAAGAAAAUGAAAAGAGGAAAGAAGAGGCAAAUCAAGAUGAGCAAGUUGAAGAAGUUGAAGAAAAUAAGAAAUCUGACGUAAAAUUCGUCCUUUGA